GACGGGAGCAGGUGCACAGACCCGGAGAGAUGCUCGUGCAGGAGCUCGUGCAGAAUGUGUCAUUCAUACCUGGAUUUGCUUAGAGCUGAUCACAGAGCAGUUAUUGGUGGACACGUAGGGAAGCAGACGCGGGCCGUUGCUAUGUCGUAGCCCGCUGACAGAAAUCAACAGGGUGGGAGCCGCGGGGUCUCUCCUCCGCUCCGAACGCCGCUGAGGAACGGACUUUCCUCCUCGAUCCUUCUGAGGCAUUUCAGAGGCCACGUUUCAGAAGAACUCGUGUGAGGUGCUGACAGCAGCGACACGGACCUGUGACUGGAUCCUGUCGCUGCGAGCCGCCUGCCGUGCGCUCUCCUCCGCAGGAACACAAGCGCCUGGACCGAAAGGACGCAGAGAGCCGACAUGUUGUGCGGAGGUCCCCCGACAGAAGCGCCAAAGUUUGAGGUGACACGAGGAAGAAAGGGAUCAUUUAAACCGUGGUUAUAAUAGCGGACAUUGAUAUGAUUCGACAGCAUGCUGUGACACAGUGUCCAGACGGCCUGGACACUGUGUAACGACAGACAACUUCCGGAGAAGUUAUUGAACUGCCGUGAUGUGAAGGCCACGUCCAGCCAGCCUUCAGUCAGGGUGCAGGAUGGGUUAAACUGCUUCUGGGCCUCUUUUUGUGCUGACAGAUGACUGAAACAAUAUUUCAGUGUAGGCCAGGAUAAAGACGGAGAAAUGGAAAACUGAGUUAUCAGCAGCUUGAAGCGGUUUGAAUCGAAACACACACUGACUAACCCGGAUGGAUGUGUGGGAGACAAGGAAUGAGUUUGGUUGUGCUGUUCUUGCGCUACAUCGAUGGAUUCACCUGUGAGCACGGCCCUGCGGGGCAGCAGUGGCAGCAACUACACAGCUGACACAUCUGGUCUGAGCUUCACCGAGCAGCUGGGCACCGCCUCACCUGUUGUGCCAAGGGUUGUUUCCAUAGUGACCAGCUUAGUGACCACCACCACCGAGGCCACAGCGGGAACCACAGGAAACCUAUCAGCAUUCAGGGACCAAAGAGGGAGCGAGCUCAGUCAGAUCCACCCGGCGUCGACCCCGUCAGUGCUGAGUGCUGCUGAGAGUAACUCUGUCCUGCAGGGCAUCAUGGUGGCAGCUCAGGCCCUGGUACUCCUUUCCAUCUUCCUCCUCUCCAGCCUCGGGAACUCUGCCGUCGUCAUCGUCAUCAUCAAACACAGACAGCUUCGGACGGUGACCAAUGCUUUCAUCAUGUCACUGUCGUUGUCCGACUUCCUGACAGCGGUUCUUUGUCUGCCGUUCUCCUUCGUCAUGCUCUUCAGCAAGGACGGGAUCUGGAUGUUUGGGGAUCGUUUCUGUGUGGCCAACGGCUUUUUCAACACCUGCUUUGGUAUCAUCUCUACCCUGACUAUGACUUUGAUCUCCUUUGACAGAUACUACGCUAUAGUCAGACAGCCACAGGCUAAAAUAGGGCGUCAGAAAGCAACUCAGUUGUUGAUAGCUGUGUGGCUAACUGCGGUCAUCUUCUCUCUACCUUGGUACCUGUUGGUCCGAACACCUACAGAGAUCCAUAAGCGAGGUUUCUACCAUUGUAUGUAUAUAUUCCACUCUGGGACCUCGCGCAUGGGGACAGCUUAUAGCAUCUGCCUCAUUGUUGUAUGUUAUUUACUGCCCUUCUCCCUGAUGUGUUUUUGUCAUUAUAACAUCUGUAAGACAGUUCGGCUCUCCGAAAUCCGAGUCAGGCCGGUGACAACAUACGCUUACUUACUGCGGUUUUACAGUGAGAUGCGAACAGCCACCACAGUUCUAAUCAUGAUUGUUUUCAUCAUUUUUUGUUGGGGGCCAUAUUGUUUAAUGGGACUGGUUGCAGCGAUGGGAGACUACACAUUUAACCCUGCAAUGGACACAGUGGCCAUCUGGCUAGCCUGGGCAAAUGGAGCUAUCAACCCCCUGAUCUACGCCCUGAGGAACCCUAAUAUAUCCAUGUUACUGGGGCGGAGCAGAGAGGAGGGCUAUCGGACCAGAAAUAUCGCCGCAUACCUCUCAAGCCACACCCAGAACCGGGAAAUUCGGCUUAAUCCGACAGAGAGGAUAAGGGACCGCUACGUGAGUCGUGUCGGGGUGAAUAAUAACAGCCGACUGUCAAGCUCAAGUCCUGGAAAAGGAGGUGGAGGAGGGGAGAUGGCAAUGUGGGCUUGCAAAAACCCUGCCGUGUUCUUCUGCAGGGACGGCCAGCCUGACACUGCAACACUACCCAACUCUGUCAGCGCUCCAAAGAUGAAGACGGCUGACACCAGCCUGUGAUACUGUGGACAAAUCCUUUAACCAUCUAACAGUUGUUUUCAUCUUCUCUGUAUUGUUCUUAUGAGUCUAGAGACUGUCACUAUCACCAGUGACAUUUUUGGAAAUAGCUGAUAGUAUUUAUUUGUGUUCAGCUCAUAGACUCGAGUCAAACCACCACUCAAGAGAAUCAAAAGAUGAAGGUUGUUCAUAUACUUCUACUAAGUUGCAGAACUGUACACACUGUUGGAAGACAACAAAUAUGAUAGUGAAAUCUCUAUUUAAGGAGCCGUUGCACCGGGUGCUGUGAAGUCCUCAAGGAUCCAUGGGACCACCCGAGUGAAUAAUGACUAGACUGUUCUCUUCCGAAGUAAAGACAAAUCUUAAUGGAACCUCUGAUGGCCAGGUCACACUGCAGGGUGGCCGGCCUUAAUGCCAGAAGAAAUGUUGGCACUGCACAUUUCUGCAAACCACAGAUAUGCUGAAACAUUUUUAAUGUCUUUAUGUUGCAACUUGUUGCAAACCUGUGGUUAGCAUUAGGAAAAGAUCAUGCUUUGGCUUAAAAUACCUGUUUUGGCAAACACAGCUGGAGAUGUCCAGAGGUCUUGUCUAACGUUACAGUCAUAGCUAGAAUUUGCCCCAGGUUCUCCCUCGUCCUCCAUCUAGCCUGUAACUCCACCACCAUCCCCACAAUUAAUUGUAGACCAACAUUUACCAUAAGCAUUUAAAAAUAUGUCAGUGAAAAUGUGGGUAGAUGAGUGAAUCAAUAAACAAAUGGAAAUGCAGGCUAACAUGCUAACCAGCUCGCCCCAGUCUGUCACCAUGCUUAUGACGGUCUAAUAUUCAACUCUUAACAACAACUCAUUGUUGAUUUUAGAAAGAAUGUGAACUGUCUGACAGGAAGAAACUCUGGCUGCUGUGGGACUUUUCCUCUCAUUAGGCUUAUGCUCACAGUUCAGUUAUCUGCCUCCAUCAUGUUUGCAAAGCUACUGUGGAAUGUAAAGGGAAUGUGUUCAGUGAUGUAAGGUCAUAAGGGCGGCAUAGAGCAUGAUUAAUCUGUGUUAUGUUUCUCUGUUUGUUGCUAUGUUUCUUAAUGUGUUACUUUUUCUUGAGUUAUAUUGACAGCCCAGUUUAAUUCCAUUUCUUUAAGCGAAUUAUCAUCUUACAAUCCCUGUAAACCAGUCAUCUUUUGUGAGGCAGUGUAUACUCUGGCAAGGCAGGGUAACCAUAGAGUGGAUGGUGCGACACAGCUAAUGGGCUAUUAUAGCUACCUAUGUUUUGGACUGUCACCACUCUUUUCCCAAAACUGUCACUACUGUCAGGACGAUUUACUUUCACUCUGCAGUGCUAAUAUGUGAGCCAAAAUUCACAAAUGCAUGGAUGAAUUACACCUGAACUGCACAGAUAUUUUUCAUUGAAGUUAAUUGAUGUUGCUCCCAAAACUGUGCUGUGUGCUGUUGUGACCGGGCCAGUAAGGAGGUGUUUAUGAUGUGAUUUCAACAGUCAAAGUUGGCUUCUUUUAACCAUGGCUGCAAUUUUCUUUUGUUAUUCUUAACAAACCAGCAGUUUCCUAAAUCUGACCAAACCUUAACCUUUGGGAUUGCUGAUCAGAAACUGUGCGUAUCAGUCCUUUCUUGUUAAAUCUUGGUAAUGUACACUCCAGCAAACUUUGAAAAUGCUGAUACCUUACAUUUCAUUAUGUGCCAGCUUUAUGUUUAUUUAGGUUCAGUUUUAAAUAUUAUCUUGUUUAAAACACUGGGUUUAUGGUCUGGUAAGGUUUAAGGCACAAAACCACUUGGUUAAGAUCAGGGGAAGAUCAUAUUGUUCCUUGAAAUACCUGGAUGUGUCACCACAAACACAACUGGAAAACGUCCUGUGAAAUUAUUAAGUUUCCAUUGGUUUCCUUUUUUUUUAUUAUAAAUGUUUAAAACACCAACUUGAAUGUCAGCUCAUAAACAUGUAAUGUUAAUUUGAUAUGAUAUUGUCGAAAUGUUGACACGAUAUGUAUAACGUACAAAUUUGAACGCUUUGGUUUGCUGGAAUGUGAAGUGCCAUCAUGUAACUGUGGCGACCACCCCCUUUUGUUGUUCACGUUUUCAUUUCAUUUGUUUUGUUUUUUUCAAGAUAAAUUGCAGCAUCAACUUUCCAACCCAUUUGUUCGCUCAUAACGAAGCAAAUGUGUCCGUAAUUACAAAGUGAUGUUACAGUGCUGCUUGUCAUGUUUUUUUGAGUUUGGUCCUGGAUUAAAAGUAAGUUGAGUCA